GACCUGAAUCAACGCUGUCAGUGCUGCUACGGAAGUUAUCGCCUUCUAGCAUCAGUGGCCUAUGGAUGCUCGUAACCUGGCGACUGUCAUCAUCUGUCAAAGUCGAUACAUGAAACACUACCUACCUGUAGGACCUCAAGCACCACUUUAAUUUUCGCCAAGCAAUCAGAGGGACUAUAAUCCGAAUAAAUUGGAUUUUCUCUCAGACAACCGACCAUCUCAAGGACUUGGAUACAAUUAUUUUUCUCAUUUGACUUUUAAAAGGUGCGGAUAUAAAUCAUGGAACACUAACAUGGAGAGGAAGAAAAAGGUAUUGGUAUUUGAGUAAGUAUUGCCUCAAGUCUUUGUAUUCAGUUGAAUAGUAGUUUAGUUAUAGUAACGUAGCACAUACUUAAACUAUUGGCAUAUAGAGCCUCUAUUAAACUAUGUCAAGUAGUUACAUUUGAAGCACUAAAAUAUUGAUGUGUUUGAUAAUUUAGAAAGAAAACAUGUAUGGCAUUUUUUUUUAUCUCCCCUUUACAUGUUUUGUAUUGGACUUUAUUGUCUUUAGUUUUCCCAAUGGACUCACAAUUAUGUUAUUGAACUGUGACUUUGACACUUUAGAUAGGUUUUUUCCAAUGUCAAAGUCAGAUUAUUUUCAGUGGUGACAAACUAUUUUUCUAACAGUUUCUCUAUUAUGUAAGUGCUAUUGUGACUGUGUGUGGCACAACCGCUUGUGUGUAUUGUCUGUGUGUCUGUGUGUGACCUUUGCUCUCUACAUUGUACCCUGUUCUCCAGCACUCUCUCUGUGAAAUUAGUUUACCUACCCUGAGAGUAGAAUAUUACCACAAAAACAUCAAAAUCCAAUUAAAUAGUCUAUCUCACUUUUCCUUUUUAUUGAUUGAACAUAUUCUUCAGAGAAUGGUUGCUAUUGAAAUGCCAUUCGGGUAUAACGGAGUUAUAGUGCACUGCGUGCAUGCAGUCAAUAGCACAAAGAGAACUACAGGGUAUCUCAAACAGAGGGGGGAGGGAGGGAGGGGUGACGUGGUUUCAUUAAUGUUUCUGUUUUCAGAAUUUGUGGAAGCAUGAUGUGGGAUGGAUAGAAAAAACGCAACCUCUACUGUGAGUAUCGUUUUGUGUGUGAAAGUUUCUUAUUUUCACCUCACAACUAUAUUUGUUAUUGUGAUGCGUUAUUAAUAUGUAGGCCUAUACAAUAUAUUUGAUUAAUAUGUAGGCCUAUACAAUAUAUUUGAUUAAUAUGUAGGCCUAUAGAAUAUAUUUGAUUAUCAUGUGAGCCUAUACAAUAUAUUUGAUUAAUAUGUAGGCCUAUACAAUAUAUUUGAUUAAUAUGUAGGCCUAUACAAUAUAUUUGAUUAAUAUGUAGGCCUAUACAAUAUAUUUGAUUAAUAUGUAGGCAUAGGCCUAUACAAUAUAUUUGAUUAAUAUGUAGGCCUAUACAAUAUAUUUGAUUAAUAUGUAGGCCUAUAGAAUAUAUUUGAUUAUCAUGUGAGCCUAUACAACAUAUUUGUCUACUCUAUGACCCCGUCGACCUUCUAGGUAAAGCGUUGUUGGGGCGGGUUGACCAUAUAUGGAUGGACAAAUUUACAUUUUAGUCAUUUAGCAGACACUCUUAUCCAGAGCGACUUACAGGAACACCUAGUCGGCUCAGGGAUUAGAACCAACAACCCUUCGGUUACUGGCACUACGCUCUUAACCACUAAGCUACCUGCCGCCUUACCUGAUUUAGCAUUAGGAUUUUCUUUCAUUUUCUUCAAUUCCAAUUCUUUUAUUUUUAAAUUUCCAACUAAUUCCCUUGACGACUGAUUUCGUUUGAAAUUAAUUGACAGGAGAGUGUGCAACUGCCAUUCUCUACACAAAGUCUAUACAUAAGAAAAGUAUUUUCGGGUGCAGAGAUAAAUUGAUAAAUGUGCACUCACUGAAUACAAUUUUGAUUGAUUUAUCAUUUUAACCAGUAGCAGUAGUGACAGACACUGCUGUGUUUUAUGCACAUUGUCAGGGUACAUGUCAGUCUUUGUAGCCUCAGAGUACAAGAAUAUUGUCUUCAGUGAGGAAAGGUUUGCUCUCGUCAUUGAACUUCAUUGACCCCAUAGUGAUAGGAGAGAGUUUGAUGGUUAAAUUAGCUGUAAUUUUUUUUUUACAUUUUAGUCAUUUAGCAGACGCUCUUAUCCAGAGCGACUUACAGGAGUGCAUACAUUUAGACCCUUUCACAUGUGGAGUGAGUUUGUGGUUUGUGAACUAUUUGAACUGGUUUAGAUACUAAAUAAUAGUAUAUUGAUUGUAAAUGCAGGCAAUAUUCACAUUGUUGAUCAUGUGUGUAAAUCUUCUGACAUCACUUCCUCCCCCUAUAGAUGGCCUCUAAUGACCCUGACCAUCUUGACCCCCCCGGUAACCCCCCAGCCUGGUGACCUCAUUGAGAUCUUCAGACCGGCCUAUCAGCACUGGGCUCUGUACCUGGGAGACGGUUACAUCAUCAACUUGACACCUGUUGGUCAGUGAAAGCAGUGUUGACAUGAGACUAAAUCCUAACUUGAGUUAGAAUAUGUCGUAUGUGUGUUUCAAAUCUCAAGUUUAAAAGUUUGUCACAUGCACAUAUGUUGUAUGUGUUUCGUAUGUGUUUCGUAUGUGUUUCGAAUGGGUGUUGUGUGUGUCGUACUUGAUGCUGCAGAAUGUAAACGCUUCCAAUGCACAAUCUGCUUAAAACAUUUGAAUUAAAUCACACUUAUCUUACGUCAAGAUUAUAGCCUUUGUGAAUGUAUUCAGCAUUUUCAAAGGGUGUGAUUCAAUCAAAUCCACAUUUAUCCAUACAAGUUUGAUUGAAUUUCAACCACUAAUAACUGCAACAUAAUAAUGCUAGUGCUUCACGCCCCCUGAAUAUUGUCUCCCUCCUGUAGAUGAGAGUCAGGCUGCAGCCAUCUCCAGUGUGAAGUCUGUGUUCAGUCGGAAGGCGGUGGUCCGAAUGCAGCUUCUAAAGGAAGUGGUUGGAGACGACUCGUACCGGGUCAACAACAAAUACGACGACGACCACACUCCAUUGCCCGUCGAAGACAUAAUUCAGCAAUCUCAAGUCCUCAUUGGCCAGGAGGUGUCUUAUGACCUGUUGGGCAGUAACUGCGAGCACUUUGUCACCUUGCUGCGCUACGGAGAGGGGGUGUCUGAGCAGGUAUUUUACUCAUUUUUUCUCUCUUUCUCGCACUUCCUGUCUCUUUCUUCCUGUGUAUGCGCUGCAUUCUCUCUCUUUCUCUCACACUUCCUGUCUCUUUCUUCCUGUGUAUGCGUUGCAUUCUGUCUCUCUCUCUCUCGCUCUUCGCCGAUGCCCAAUCCCAAAUCGAUACCUAGCCACUACCCAUACGUUUUUGUGUACAAUACUCAUAUGAUAAAAGCAUAUUAUACCUUUUUUACAGGGCAGGUGGAGUUUCCGCCAUAUUUCUGUAUACUUAUGUAAUCCUCUGAGAUCUACGUGCCUAGGUGACAAUUUGGACAUUGGCCAUUACUCACUACUUACAAUCACUAUACCCCUGGGCGGCAGGUAGCUUAGUGGUUAAGAGCGUUGUGCUAGUAACCGAAAGGUCGCUGGUUCUAAUCCCUGAGCCGACUAGGUGAAAAAUCUGUUGAUGUGCCCUUGAGCAAGGCAAUUUACUCUAAUUGCUCCUGUAAGUCACUCUGGAUAAGAGUGUCUGGUAAAUGUAUAGGUCAAUAUGUAAUCUUCCUCUCCACCACCAUACACUUAUAAUUUCAUGAUGUUAUUGUAUUUACCAGGUACAAUUGUUAUUUUCUCUUGUGUCCACAGGCCACACGGGCCAUUGGGGCCAUCAGUUUGGUGACAGCUGCAGCAAGUGCCUUCUCUGUGCUCGGACUGAUCAACACACGCUCCAGAAACCGACCCUUCUGAGGCCCCUCAACAAUAGCAGCAUUGUCCUGUGCUACUGGUCUGGGAUACAAACUUCCUCUCAGUCUUUUGGUUAAGAGGAUACCUCAUCUUUACCCACUGUCAUUAAAAAUGAUGCAUUUACCUAUUUUAUCAUCCUUUGUAUUGAAGGCCAAGAAGACCAAGUACUGUAUACAGUAGAGAUGUUGCCUACAUUAAAAUAUAUGCGAUCUUGCUGGAGAUACACAUUUUGAGAUGUUGAAAGGAUUGGUUGGGUGAAAAUUAUCAAAAAUUAUCAAAUGUAACAAAGGAAUCAUUAAUAAAGAAAACAGAAACAUUA